CCCUUUUUGUCGUACGAGCUCCAAUUGAUUGGACAUCGAGUCGAUAACAUGGCGGAACGUCCAAAAAACUUAUUUGCAGGACGUCCACGGGCACCACCUAAUGAAUUGAGCAUAAAUCCAUUAGUACAACGUCACCCACCGUCCCUGUCAUCGACAUCUUCCGGAUCGGCGUCAUCAACGUCGGCAAGUAGUAUGGUGGUCGGUGGAUUGCCUGUUAGCAUGCCUACUGAAAGAACAAGGGAAAGAAUUAGACAGCAAGCUUGUGGCAAAUUGCAGGUUGGCCCAAAUGCCAAUGAUGUCUAUCAGUUCACUUCUGAGGAUCUGGAAGAUUUGGGUGAAAUAGGUCGCGGAGCAUUUGGUGCCGUCAACAAGAUGGUAUUCAAAAAGAAUGAUAUGGUUAUGGCUGUGAAACGCAUUCGCUCCACUGUGGACGAAAAAGAGCAAAAGCAACUUCUGAUGGAUCUCGAGGUGGUUAUGAAAUCCAAUGACUGCAAUUACAUUGUUCAAUUUUACGGAGCGCUUUUUAAAGAGGGAGACUGUUGGAUAUGCAUGGAGCUAAUGGAUACAUCAUUGGAUAAAUUCUACAAAUACAUUUUUGAACACAAACAUCAAAGGAUUCCAGAGUCGAUACUGGCUAAGAUUACAGUGGCCACGGUACACGCUUUGAACUAUCUGAAGGAAAACUUAAAAAUUAUUCAUCGCGAUGUUAAACCAAGCAAUAUUCUACUUCACAAAAGAGGUGAUAUAAAGUUAUGCGACUUCGGCAUUUCUGGUCAAUUGGUAGAUUCUAUUGCCAAAACAAAGGACGCAGGAUGCAGACCAUACAUGGCGCCGGAAAGAAUAGACCCUGAACGUGCGAGAGGUUAUGACGUACGAAGUGAUGUUUGGUCCUUAGGUAUCACUUUAAUGGAAGUUGCCACGGGCACUUUUCCAUACCGAAAAUGGGAUUCCGUUUUUGAACAAUUAUGUCAAGUUGUCCAAGGGGAUCCUCCACGUCUUUAUCCUGGUCAAGAAUUUUCAACAGAAUUCGUGGAGUUUGUAAACACUUGCCUAAUAAAGAAUGAAAGUGAACGUCCCAAAUAUGAUCGUCUGCUUCAGAUGCCUUUCAUAUUGCGUGGAGAACGCAGUAACACAGAUGUAGCUGCCUAUGUAACGGACAUUUUAGAGGCCAUGGAAAGUGAUGGAAUAACACAAUUCACCACAAACCAACCUGCCGAAAGUUAAUGGACAGAUAUAUUUGCAAUUGAUC